GGGAUUUUCUUUUCUUCAAACAUGGCGACACCGGUACUGCAGAGAGUUCGGCAAAUUAUGCAGUCUUCACUCACAUCGAAAGGAUUUGACAGAUUAGCAAAAACGGUUGAGCUACUAUCACUUCAAGAAGGCAAAGCUUCAUUCAAAAUGAAAGUGGAUGAAAGUCAUUUGAAUGGGGUGGGCACUCUUCACGGUGGCAUGACAGCAUUCUUGGUUGAUAAUUUAACUACUGGCACGGUUCUCACUAAGCCACCUCAUUUACCAGGUGUUAGCAUUGAUAUGAGCAUAAGCUACUUACGAGCUGCUCCCGUUGGAGACGAAAUAAGCAUAUAUGCAGAAGUUGUUAAGAUGGGUCGGACAUUGGCCUUCACCUCUGCUGAACUGCUGAACAAAGAUGGCAAACUUUUAGCAAAAGCAAGCCACACAAAAUUUAUUGGACAAAGCUCACCGGCUAUCAAGACAGAGUAGACUUAAAAUGUUUCUAGUCUGUCAGGGAUCUAUGUAUACAGUUGGCAAGCCUUAUCAAUUUUUCCAAAGAAUUAUCUGUCAAUCAAGCAAAGCUUUUCACAAGCAGAAAUCUUCACUACCAUGGGGUGGAUUAAAACGACGCAUUGAAUAUUAAAUUAUGUAUUUUUUCCUUCAAGCCAUUAUAGCAGAAUACACUAUCAUUAGUGACUUGUAAAUAUGUUUUAAUUGCAAAUUCACGUGCAGGCUGUUAAUGAAAGGAGAAAAACAAGGAUUCGUAACUUACAGUACGGACCGAGAAAACGAAGUUAGUAAGAUAGUUAUUAGGGAGCUUAAGCAAGCCAUGAUGACGACAGCAAAGCCCCGGCCAAGCAAUCGCAACAGUUCAAUGCAACAUAUUGCAACAUUGUUGCCCCUGUAUUUGCAAGUUCCGGCCAAAUGAUCACAAAAUUUUGACGCAACAUGUAGCAAUUGAGCGCAACAUGUUGCAUGCGUUUGGCCACCCUUUUGCAACAUGUUGAAAGUUGAAAAUUGAACUAGUGCACAUGCCCUGGUGCAACAUUGUUGCACGAACCUGGCCAAAUGACUACGUCAUGCAACGUCCACAAAAGUUGUGUGAAAAGUUUGACCAUUUUCAAAUUUGAGCCAACAACACCCAACAUGUCACAACACGUCACAACAUGGUGACCAAACGCACGCAACAUGUGUUGCAAUAUGUUGCGAUCGUUUGGUUGGGGCUUACCGUAAUGAGAAAAACAAUA